GGGGUUCCCCAAAGGUAAAAAUACUGGGGGGUAGAUCGUGGCCCGAGUAUCAUUAUGGCGAGUGGAACUGCCUUAGUCGCCAGAAGGCUCCGCGAGGCACAGGAAUCACAGUCUCUUGAUUUAUCUGGGUGUGACUUGACUAAAAUCCCAGAUGCAGUGUACAUGAUGCUGAAGUCGGUAACAGUCAACAAAUGCACAAUGGCCAACAACAUGCUCACAAAGAUCCCACCAAAGUUCCCAUCAAAUUUCACAAGUUUAACUGAGCUGGAUUUAAGUAAAAAUAGAUUGAGCCAAUUCCCGCCAGAUAUGCAUGUUAUGCAAAACAUCCGGGUCCUGAACCUCUCCAGCAAUGAUCUGACAGGCGUUCCUCUUUUCGUGUACUCACUCUCCAAUCUUCAAGAGCUCUUUCUACAUGACAACUGCAUAAUGUCUGUUGAUGUGAGUCGGUUAGAGGAUAUUGAGGGACUGAGAAAUGUUAACUUACAAAAUAAUCCAAUUUCUGACGACCUAAAAUCACAGCUGCAGUCCUGUAAUUUUAUAGUGUUGCUUGGCAACCAUUCCACGUCCUAGCAACACAUACACACCACUUCUUUAAUGCGUGAUUGAGAAAUUACAUACUUGUUGAAUGUUGUGAAUAUGAGGAUUGGAUUUUGAACUUUUAAUAAAAAAAAUUAUAUAUAAAAUAUGCCCCGUUUUCAUUUAAAUGUACAUUUAUAUACAGUGAAUAUUUCUUUAUAUCAUAUUUAUAAAUUAUUCCCAAACUGGUUAUUAUUGGAGAAGUAUUAAGCUAAUUAUGUAUAUGUCAUGUUUUCUUUUUAUAUGGAUUGUUUAUCUUAUUGUUGGCUUAUUAUUGUGCAAUAAUCUUUAACAAAGUUUGGAAAUAAAGUUUCAUUUUCUAAUCUGUCCUAGUGACAUGAUAAACACUG